UUUUAUUGCCGAAGCAGCCAUGUGUGAUGGUUUUUUAAGCCUUCGCACAGGUUUGUGUUUUUCGGGGGGAGUGAUGUGUGUGGAAUGGGAGUGAAGGGAAUGGCGGAUGAGCUUUCGCUCACCAUACCGCCCAAGGUGGUCUGUGACAAAUAUAGAGUGAAAUCUUGGGUCGCUCCACACAAACGACCCAGCACAAUGCGAGGAAGAGAACAAACUCUUCAGUUCUUUUUCUCUCCUCACAAUGUACUUCCUUGUCUGACACUAGUCCGGCGUAGUUCUCAGCAACGAUCUUAG